UACAUUUAAAUUCAUCAGAGCAAGUUCAAAUCAAAACUUGUUUAACGUGAUAAUAGAAUAAAAAAUUGCGAUAAACUCACGUUUAUUCUAUUAAAAUAUUCUACUUGAUACAAUCUCUGCAUCACUUACGUAAUCACGCUUAAACUUUAUUAUAGAAAAACUAUAAUUAUUAUAAUUUCCUUUUUCCACCAAUCAAAUUCUUACCUGCAAGUGAGAUCAUCAUCAUGUAUACGCCAACUGAUGUUUCGAUUCUUGACACUCAAAGUUUUCGAAAAUUGUCUUAAAAGCCGACUUGCAAUCGUUUUAGACAAAGACAUCUGGAAAAAAAGAAAGAAAAGUAUGUCCAGAUAGUCAACACCGAAUUGCCAUAGAAGAUCAAAAUGAAAAGUUAUCCGUACGUUCCCAGCAUGGUGCACGCGAUUACAGUUCUCACGGUUUUGAAAAUGAUGACGAAAGCCCAAACAUCUUGCGGCUCUGGAUCUAUGAAUGGAAGAGUAAUGUAUGAAAGACUCCCCAAUAUACAACUCCAAGGAUUCGACGACGAUGUAGUUAGAGAUACGGCACCUCCAUUUAAGGUUUUGGAAAAAUGUGAACAACUUUGUCUGACUGAUAGAGCCUCAAAUAACAUCGUCCGGACUUGUACUUCGUUUGAUUUCCAACCAGGAAGUAGAAUAGCGACGUAUAAUGGGGGACCAGAAUACGAAGAAUCUACAUGUUAUCUCACAGCGGAGCAAGCAAGACCUGAAGGAAUUGGAAGUUUGAUGUUGGUCCCCAAUAGUGUCCACUUUACGGAAGUUUGUCUAACUUCCAAUAGAAUCGAUAGAGAUUGCCCCAACAGACUCUACAUCUUCGAAAGACACCCUCGCAAAAAACUAAAACUCCCCGAUGCAGACCUUAAAGAAGUAAUGGCGACUAAUCGGAGUGAAUGCGAAGACAAAUGUUUGAAUGAGUUUAGUUUUGUUUGCCGUUCUGCUACUUUUGAUCCGGCUAUGCGGACGUGCACUUUGAGUCGAUUCACUCGACGAACCCAUCCCGAAUUGUUAAAAGACGACCCCAAUUCAGACUAUUUAGAAAACACUUGUCUCAAUGCCGAUCGAAGAUGUGACGGUUUGGCCGUCUUCAUCAAAGAAGAAAAUAAACGACUAGGUGGCCCCUUUGAAGUCGAUCUCUUCACAAACCUAACUUUAGAAGAAUGCCAGUCGAUGUGUGUCCACGCCGAGAAAUAUUUCUGUCGCUCUAUCGAAUACGACGAAAUGACAAAAGUGUGUACUCUAUCAGAAGAAGACUCAAUUUCGCAGAAAGAAGAAAUCGGACUUGCUAGCAGCCCCACACACAACUUCUACGAUUUUGCCUGUUUGGACAGUCACACUUUACCAAUUUCAGCUCGCGGUUCCGAAUAUCCCGACAACCAUGCCACUUCUCACCUCUUCAGUGGCAAAAAACCCGAUACUGCUUUCCAAAGAUAUAGAAAUAGUCGACUUGGCGGCGAACACCAUUCGGAAAUUUCCGGACGUUCUUUAAGCGAAUGCUUGGAUGAAUGUUUACGACAACCGAGCUUCCAAUGCAAAUCGGCGGAAUACAGUGAGAGACAUCGAAUUUGUCGCUUGACGAAAUUCAGUCAAAAAGACGGAAUGAGAAUUAUAUACGACGCCGACUAUGACUAUUACGAAAAUUUGAUGCUUGGAGGAGACGAGAGUCAAAGACCUGGUGAAGGAUAUCCUGGAGGAGGAGGAGGAGGUGGUGGUGAUCGGUAUCGGCCGGGAGGAGGUCGGUAUCCACCGGUAGGUGGCGGCCGAUAUCCCCCAAGUCGGUAUCCUCCAAGUAGUGGAGGAYGUGAUUGGUAUGAUCGUCCAGGACGACCACCAUAUGAUCGGUAUCCGGAUGAUCGCCGACCACCGGGAGGCGAUUUGUAUCCUUCGGGAGAUGACAGGUAUCCUCCUCCACGACCAGUGGACAGUUACCCUGAUUCAGGGACGCGGUACCCGAUCGGACCUCCAGGUYGUGAUAGAUAUCCCGGGAGAUACCCUCCCGGAGAUCGUGAUAGGUAUCCCUAUUAUCCUCCAUCGUCGAGUGGAGGUUACCCUAGUAAAUACCCGAGCCGAUACCCAGAAAAAUAUGGAGAUAGAUACGGUGACAGAUAUCCCGACAAAUAUGGUGAUAGAUAUCCUGACAAAUAUGGUGACAGAUAUCCUGACAAAUAUGGAGAUAGAUACCCUGAUAAAUAUGGAGAUAGAUACCCUGAUAAAUAUGGAGACAGAUAUGGUGAUCGGUAUGGUGGCCUCAAUGGUAGAUACGGCGAGUCAGACUAUUAUUACGGAGGCUCCAAGUAUGGAGGAGGGGGCCGUUAUGGAGGAGACAGAUAUUGGAGUGGUCCCAAAUACGGUGGCAAAUACGACGAUCGUUACGGUAACCGAUAUGGGGGCCACAGCUACUACGGAGACGAACGUGAUGGAGGRAAUAGAUGGUUCUUCCGGCCAGAUCGCAGACCUGGUCGCCCCGUUGAUGGCGGAAGACCUGUAUACGAACCAAGACCCCCCUAUGAACCAAGACCKCCCUAUGAGCCUCGCCCACCGUACGACGAAAAACCUAAUCGACGUCCAAUUUCACCAGGUCCAGAUGGACCAAUCUAUGACACCUUUGGUGGAAUUGGUCCAAAUAGACCUUAUAGUUCGCGAUGUGACGAAGGUGACAGUUUCAAACAAGUAGGAAGUCGGCAAAGACUUCGACGUGAAUUUGUCAGAAAAUUCAUGAAUGUUCCAUCAUUGAGUCAAUGUCAACGAGAAUGUUCAGAAAUGAGAGAUUUCAUAUGCCGAUCGUUCAACUACAGGGAUGCUAUAGGCCGUGAAAAUGAUCGCGACAAUUGCGAACUCAGCGAUCGCGAUUCCAGAGAUUUAGAAGCAAACAAUCGGAGAUUCUUCGACAACACGGGAAACUACGACUUUUACGAACGUUCGAUUAGUCGACAGGGCGUAGACGGCGAUUGUCUCGACGUAAGUCAAGUGUGUAACGAAGACGGAAUGGAAUUUACCCUCCGAACACCUGAAGGUUUCUACGGAAGGAUAUACACCUACGGUUUUUACGAUCGAUGUUUCUUCCGCGGAAACGGCGGUACUGUCAACGUUUUACGAAUCAGUGGUGCCCAAGGCUAUCCAGAAUGUGGUACUCAAAGGUACGGCGAUACCAUGACCAAUAUCGUGGUGGUGCAAUUCAGCGAUUUCGUCCAAACUGGACGUGACAAACGAUUCAAUUUGACUUGUUUGUUCCGAGGACCGGGUGAAGCCGUAGUUUCGUCUGGAUUUAUUGGAGCGGGAUCUGGAAGUCCAAUACCGAUCGAAUAUCUCCCAGCGGAAAACACCCUCAGCUCCAAAGUGCGUUUAAUGAUUUUGUAUCAAGGAAGACCAACAACUACCAUUGCUGUUGGAGAUCCGCUCACCUUCAGGUUGGAAGCCCAAGACGGUUACAAUUACAUCACAGAUAUUUUUGCAACAAAUGUGGUAGCGAGGGAUCCUUAUUCUGGAAGAUCAGUCCAACUGAUUGAUCGAUUUGGAUGUCCAGUCGACAGUUUUGUUUUCCCUGAACUGGACCGUGGUCGAAGCGGUGACAGUCUUGAAGCCCGAUUUAACGCCUUCAAAAUCCCCGAAUCAAAUUUCCUCGUUUUUGAAGCCACAGUACGCACUUGUAGAGAAGGUUGUCAACCGGCUUACUGUCAAACUGGAACUGGAAGAUCCGAACCGUCGUUUGGAAGAAAACGAAGAUCAAUUAACGAAACUCUACUUCUAGAAAGCAACAACACCAUUUCGGCCGAAGAUAUUGAAACUAACACAACCGUCACCAAUGACACAACUGUGUCGUUCCUUGAAACUACUAAAAUUGACACCAUUGACGAUACUUCCGAAGAGAAAGAAUCCGAAAGUCCGGAGUUUGUUCGCGAGAUGAUUGAAGUUUUUGAUUCCCGUGAAGAGUUGCAACAAGAGGCUCGACGUGCAGACCCGGCCCCGGAGACCGUCUGCUUGACCUCUGGAGAGUACCAUGGAUUAGUCAGCGCAGUUUUCGCCCUAAUUGCCAUCCUUUUGACCAUAUCCCUAGUUUCUGGUCUCGCUUAUCGAAAAUAUUGGAUCGUUAUGAAGAAAAACAUACUCGCAGAUCGGGCCUCUUCCAACAUUUCCUCUUCGUAUCCCAACACCAGAAGUAGCGGUCUUUCUAGCGGAAUCUCGAUUUUUGGAACAGGUCUUCAGAAGCAAUUCAUCGGUUUCGGUCGCUCUCGGAAUUUCCCAAGUCUGCCUAAAGACGACAUCGAGUGUCCCGGUCCUGCACCUGGGGGCCCCUUCGAGGACCCCAGCGAACCAAUCUACACCGACCCUUCACUUUUCGAACGAUCGAGGAGUCUCAGGAGUAUCGCGGUGUCGCAAAAACGACGGAAAUCUCCCGGCCAGCAAAUUUAAUAGGUUUUAAUGCUAGAGAAUGUGUUCGCGGUCCCCACGUUCCGUUAGGUUAAGGAAAUUUUGUAUUUAUUGAGAGAAAAAAAGCACGAGUGGGUACUGCGAACACCGAUUGAUUUCUAAUUUAAAUGUAGGUUUAAUUAUUUUAAGCCCAAAUAACUGUUUAAUGUGCAUUAUUUUAAAAAUACUCGUGUUGCAAUAAAUUCACUGCCGACAACCAGCUCCAAAUGCCGCUCAUGUCAAACUAUUGUGAUCGCAGCGUGAGUGUAGUUUCACUACACAAAUUUGCGCGAUUUUUUUUUGUACCUUUUUAUCUACCUGCCUAUGGCCGAUGCCAUAUCAAGGCCGACUUUACUGUUUCUCAAGCACGUACGCACUUUUCUCUAGUUAAGUUCGUCGAAUUUAACACUCGCUACAAGCACUUUCUAUUGUUAAGUAACAAACUAGGUUUAAAAUUAAUAAAUUAGGCUCUUUAUA